GACAGUAAGUUACAUUUUCUCGGAACCGGAGGAAUCGGAGCAUUACGGAUUCAAGGAAGAAACUUUUUUAUCAAUCAUUGUUUUACAGAAAUGGAGUCUGCCCUAGUCUACCCAAUGAUGACUCAACCAACCAGUGUUCAGACCACCAAAACAAUGACAGCUGUCCUUGUAACUCAGCCAGCACCCGUCGUAGCUUUUCAGGGACCGAAGAGAGAGAUACCGGAGAGAGAGGGACUGAAGAGAGACUGGAGCACCGGUUUGUGCGGAUGCUUUGAGGACUGCUACUCUUUUUUUAUGGGGUGGUUUUGCCCCUGUAUUCUACUCUGUGAUGUGUCUCAGAGAAUGGGUGAAGGUUGUUGCUUUGCGACUUGUUGUUCUGGUGCUUUGUUGGGGCUGAGGAUCAAACUCAGGACACAGCAGAACAUUCAGGGUUCCCUGUGCAAUGAUUACUGCGUGGUUCAAUAUUGCGGAUUAUGUGUGCUGUGUCAGCUGUGGCGUGAGCUAAACCACAUCGGAUUGAGGCAGUGAUUUUGGGACUAAACUCGGUGGAGAUAUACUCUGAGCACAGGAGCGUUGCUGAAACAGUAUUGUUAAUCUCCUUUGUAGGCCUGAAAGGUUAUUUUUACGGUGUUAAGAUAAAGUAGCUCUUAAAGAAUUUAGGAAGAACGUUGUACGAACCGCAUUUAAUCUUCCAGACUGAAAAAUGUCAUUUUUUUCAUGUAGAACGGUGGAAACUGUCGUUAACAUGUGAUAAUCGAAUGAAAUGAAGCUUAACUUUAGUUGGCUAGAUAAUAGAAGACAGAAGCCAUGAUAGCGUAAAGAAAACCAACCGAAAAACCGUAGAAAAAAAUCAUCCAAAACCUUAAAAGAAACUGUUACUAUCAAAACCGAAAAACCGCAUGCAAAACUGUCAAAACCGAUAUAUAUUUACAUCCCAGUUGUAAAAACUGUAAUAGAUUCGAUACGAGUGGAGCAUACAGAGGUUUAGCAGCUAUUUAAGAUCCGAGGAGGCGCAUAAUUGCUGCUCUGAUCGAAUUAGUGCGUACUGAUGGCCUAAAGAGUAUGCACGCUGUGUCAGCUGUUACGUAAGUUGAACCACCUGGGAGAGCGUUAAUGAUUCUGUGACGUCGUUUUCUAUGAAACACAUCUGUGCUCACUAGUUGAUGAAAUUACCAUUAAAGACAUGGGGGGAAUACUUUUGUUCUUGGGCCAUCGUUUAUAAGGUAUCUAGAUCGUAAUAAGGUAUCUAGACAGCUUGGUUUGUUAAGUAGGGUCAGAAACAGUCUCACGGUUCACGCAGCUGAAAGAGUCUUGACGACUAUGAUGAUUCUUCCCAAGUUAGAUUAUUGCGACUUUGUUUGUUUGUUUGUUUAGCUCCUUCUAAAUAUAAAACUUUAGAAAGGUUACAAACAUGAACUGCUCAAAUUGUUUUAAAAGAAUGCUGCCUUAGUCACGAUCAGCUGUUGCGACAAUUAGGUUGGAUGUCCCUUAAGACACGUUUUACGAUGCAUAUUUCAACUUUUGUUUUUAAAUGUGUCAAUAACAUUGCUCCUGAAAUGUUCAAAGAA